AUGGCUACUUCAACAGACCCGCUGGAUCUCCUCCGGCAAUCCAUCAUCUCCUCCCUUCCACCGACACUCCUCACAUCCUCUUCAUCCGGCGCAUCAACUCUAGCAGAAGCUUCUUUCCUUUCCUUCCCCCCUGUCCCUCCUCUUACAGACUCGCCUACGAAUAUCGCCAAAGAUACUUCCACGAGGUAUACGUCCAAGGCAGGAUCGAAAGAUGAGUUCUACAAUAUAGGUCAAUUGUGGUUGGCGUGGAACGAGAGGGAGAGCGGCGUGAGGGAUUAUUUGAUGAAAGGUCAGGCUGGAGGUGUGGGUUAUGUGACUAUUACUGAUAGGAGGGGUGUGGUCGAGUACUUGACUGGGGAGAGUGAAGGUGUGGGAAGGGUUUUAGGUAAAGAGGAGAAAGUCGAAGCUGGUCAAGCACCGUCAGCAGCAUCAGCUACUGCAGAAGCUCUUCCAUCAGCAUUACAAUCCUCCGAAGCUGGACCUUCGAAACCUGCUGCUCCCGUGAAGAGGAAAUAUGAGGUGGAUGUAGCCGAUAGGGAGUUUUGCAAGAAGCUUCGAGCGGAGGAGGUAGAACUCCGAGACAGAAAUACAGUACUUCGUUCUUCGGGCGGUGGGAAAGUCAACAACUUCGAAAGUUUCCUGAAGACAGUCAUGGUAGAGAAAAUACGAGCGUUAAGGCAAUCGUUCGAUAAAGGUGCCGGUAAAGCUGCGGUACCAGCUCAAUCGCAGAUAGGAGUACCCACAGGCCCAAAGAAGGCAAGAUCGACACAUCCGAUCAUCAUCAUAUCUUCAUCCCCUACAUCGUUGCUUACCAUGUGGAAUGUGAAGAAGUUCCUGGAGCAAGGAAUAUUUGAGCCAUCUGAGAUAGCUAGGCAGAACGAAGUUGCUCAAGGGAACUAUAAAGCGGAAGAUGUCGUACCUAUACUCAGGAAAAGAAGUGGACCACAUGGUGACGUGACUAGUAAAUACUUCGUCGUGGAUGGUGUGGAGGCGUUGCAGAAGUUCGGUCAAGAUGCUUGGGAUCGAGUGAUCUGUGUGGUGACGACUGGUCAAGCAUGGCAAUUCAAACCUUAUAAAUGGCAAGAUCCUAGGAUACUCUUCAGAAAUGUGAAAGGAGUAUAUUUCCAAUGGCAUAAUGAACCGGUCAACCCUACUGUGAAAGACUGGAACGUGACGGAGAUGAGAAUCGAUAGGAACAAGAGACAUACUGAUAGGCAGGUGGUAGCUGAUCUAUGGAGGAUAUUGGAUGGGGCUCGAAGGAGGUAG